AUGUUCAGCUUACCAAGGAUCUCCUUGCCAUCUUUCCUCACAUCAGGAAGCGGUAAUCACCAAGCAAUCGACGUCCCCUCCGUCGAAGUCCACGAUAUCGAGACUGCCGCCGAAAAGCGCCCGCGAACCCUCAAGCACCUAAUCAAAGCAAACCAUGCAAACUAUUCGAUCAUAUACCAUGACCUGCGAUUCCACAAUCACACACCACACAUCCUGGGGUCGGCGUAUAUCCUUGGAGCCACUGCAGAACAUUUGAACGAUAUUUAUGAGAAGGAAGCCGAGAGCUUGGAGCCCUGGCAUGAUGCGCCAGCAGAGAUUACCAGGGACGACUGGAGGGACUUUUUGGGGAAGAGAGAGUACCAACGCGCUUUUGUUGACUUCUUCGAGGACCAACUUGUUUUCAGGCGAUAUGAUGUCGAACAUGUAUUGGAGGAGUAUCUGCUGGGUGGCAAGGAGCCAUUGAUCAACGGCGUGAUAUCAGGACUCGCGCAUCCCCUCAUUCACCUUGGGUACGCCUACGAACUCGGGUCGACGACCGUUGCCAUCGAAGCUUUGGCUCUCGCCGCGUGCUUUUACAAUCCCCUCCACAAAUACAUCGACGACGCUUCGUACACGAAGCCAAGUCCUUACCGGAGUGCCAACCUCGGUGAGAUUCUCGUGAAAGUCCAAGAAGACAAGCGUUUCGAUGGGCUAUACCCGCAUCGUAGCGGGGACAUAUCAAAAGUGCUGGAGGAGCAAGAGGAGGCGCUUCUGGAAUACUGGAAUGCGUGGGAGCUGUCAGAUCCGCAGAAGGCGUUCCAGCAGUCGCAGGAACUUGCGGUCACGAUACUGAUGGGCACCGAGGCGCCAGAGGAUACAAAGUUCGAUUUUUUCUUCGUGCAUAUCCUCACCUCUUCCCACGCGGUCCGUGUACUGCUUCCUCUGAUCCCAGCCAAAUUCCAUGUCAGUUUGGUACGGCAAUGGUGGCUUUUCACGCUUGCUGUGUACAUCGCGCAGACGCGGCCUCAGGUCGACUCAACGAUUAUCGAGAGGUAUCAGCUGAACGGACGAGGCUGGAAGUUUGUCAUACACAAGGCUCUUGAUUCUUCCGAGUCCACAGACGCGCACUACGUUAAAGCGUUGCGAUGUAUGAAGGCAAUCUCAGAAACGUGGGGCGAUGACUCGCAAUACUUUGAGAAGGCGGCAGUCAAGUUUGCAGAUGAGUUUGAGCAUUGGGGAGGAUUCAGCACUGAGGAAGAUGCUGCUAAUCUGGCCUACCCUGAGCGGCAAUGA